CCCGCUGCGGAGCAAAACUUCGCAAGGCUGAUGGUAGCGUUUGGCGGAAGCGAAAAAAAAAAUUCGGUACUCAAACCUCAGCGAGCGCCAUCACCGGAAACAGCCCGCCAGCACUUUCCCACGCGUUGACGAAACAUCCGGGUCUGCAUUAUCCAAUCAAUAGACGCGGCCUCUACAGACUCGAUAGUUUUGCACAAAACCUCUACAAUGGAUUCGUCGUCGGGUCAGGUGAAGGUCAUUUUCACCACGAACGAGCCGGACCUCGUCCUGCCCGAGUCCAAGCAGCAGUUGCUCGUGCCCGCAGAUAUCAAGCGCUAUGGCCUCUCUCGUAUCCUCAACUCCGAGUCUAUGCUCGACACCAGCUCCGCCGUCCCCCUCGACUUUCUCGCCAACGGAACCUUCCUCACCACGUCCAUCGAAGACUACCUCUCACUCAAUGGCCUGUCAUCCGAAUCUACUCUCACCCUGACCUACGUCCGGAGCUUGCUGCCUCCUGUUUACGAGGCAAGCUUCGAGCACGACGACUGGGUCGGCUCUGUUGACGUGCUUUCUGCCACCGCCCCGGCCGCAAAGGUCGCCGGCGACAAAGCCGUCAACGAGAGAGUCGCCAGUGCCUCGUACGAUGGCCUCGUCAGAAUAUGGAACCCUUCAGGAGAUGUUAUUGCUACUUCUAGCUCUGCUCACUCUCUUCGCCUCAACGCAGUUAAGUGGCUUUCGCCCACCGCCCUAGCCUCCGCUGGCAUGGACCGCAAGGUUGUUGUUUGGGACUAUUCCGAGGCCGACGAUGGCUUUUCUGGCUCUCUGAAGCCCAACAUGGAGCUCUGGGGACACAAGAAAAUCAUUCACACAGUCGAUGCCAACGUAUCGACAAAGCGCAUCUUGACUGCUUCUUCAGAUGGCCAGAUUGGUCUCUGGUCUACCUCGAAACGCACCGCUCCCCAGGCCGACCCUGAGAGCUUGCCCUCUGCUUAUACUACAAAGAAGGCCAAGAUCGCCGCAUCUGCUUCGACUGCCCAGCGUGGCCCUCUUACCAUGAUCCCCGUUCACGACGACGUCGUCUCCGCUGCUAUUUUCCACCCGAACGACUCUACAGUUGCGUAUACAGCUUCGCAAGAUCACACUGUCAAGACGGUGGACUUGACCACCCAGCGCGAGGUUUCCCGUUUAACCACAAUGCAUCCUCUUCUGUGCGCGGCGGCCUUGCCUGGACGUAACAUUAUUGCGGCUGGUUCCUCUGCGCGACACAUUACCAUUCUCGAUCCUCGCGAGUCGGCCGCCUCCACCGCCGCCAUGACCCUCCGUGGACACGUCAACAUGGUCGUCUCAGUGGCCGCAUCGCCGGAAAAUGACUACUCCCUUGUGUCUGGUUCGCAUGACAGCACUUGCCGCGUGUGGGAUCUCCGCAGCGUCCGCCCUGCUACUGCUGAAGAGGGCGGCGGCAGCGUCUCCAGCGCCGUCUAUACCAUUGGCCGCGAGUGGCUUAAGAACAAGAAGCUUCCCGCUGCUGGUGACGGUGCCAAGGUUCUCAGCGUCGUCUGGGACAAGACUUGGGGUAUUGUCAGUGGUGGUGAGGACAAGAAGGUACAGGUCAACAGAGGAAGAGGACUGCUUGCACAAUAGAUACUUUUUUUAUUUGCAUGUUCAGGAGUAAAACUUGUAUAUAUACCAUUAGAUCUAACAUUGAGUUGCAAACGUUGUGUGCUCCAUCAGGACAUUUGUCUGUUCGUGUGUUACUGUUCAUCAUCUUGUUGGCACGCUGCCAGUAGUUUUGCAUACUUGGGCCCAUCUGCAACACCGUCGUCCAACAAACUCAAAACUUCAUCUCGAAGACGGGUUGGGUCGUAGGGCAACUCCUCCGUCAAGAUAGAAUCCAAAAUAUACCUAGUAACAGUGUUGAGUUUUAGCGGAGGGUCCCUCAAAAGCUCUGCCAUUUCUUCCGGAGUUAGAUUUUUGUUAUGAUACCACAUGUAAUAGGAUCGCAGCGCCGCUCGCGGUGUCCGUACUUCCUUAUUCGUUUUGUCUGCUCUGUACCCAAUAGCUAGGUCAUCUGCUGCAAUUAUUCUAGAAUCACGAUCAUCGGGAGCAGACAAGCUGUUUGCUUUCGGCCGUUUUGGAGGCCGCUGUGGUGUUAAUAGCAUAGUAGAAGUAUCCAAGCCAGCGUCUGUCGCAAGUUCAUCGUCAGAAAGUUCGAGAAAAUCAUCGUCUGAGCUUGUUGCAAGAUCCGGUAGCGGGAUAGGACGGUUUAAUUCUAAAUGGAACGGCCUGUCAGGACAAGGAUCAAGUCUGCGACGCUUGUCCUCCAACACAUGAUACAGCUGAAUCCCAGCAUAUGCAUCAGAUGCAGAGUCUGUAAUAUACAACAUUAGCUAGUAUCAAUAAUUUGAGCCGCAUACACUUACACUUGAUCUGCUUUUCGUUUAAUGCACGCGUCCAGUUACUUUCUCGCACUGACGGUCCUUUGUACAUUGGCAACCGCAGUACUUCUUUGACCAGCGUUGCCAAUGCAACAGGAACCUUAUUGAUUAGGUGCCGUUUCCCUUCUGGAAGGUACUUCACAACCUUAUACAGGUGACCCAAUUCAAAUAUGCCCCGUGUGGUGACGCCUAGCUUGUUUUUCAUCCGGGUGCAGUCGCCAGCAAUGUUGACGCCAACUUUGGAUACUUCGGGAUUUUCCAUGAUGGACCGAAAUAUUGGGCCAAUGAAGUCAUCUUUCUUGAAGAGGGCAAUGUGGAAAAGACCAAUCCGACUGGGGCUAGCCACUUGAAUGAGAGACACAGUUUCUCGCGGCCCAGCACUGCGGGGUGCGUAGGCCAUCCAUUCCAGAUCAAAUCCCAGAACAGGCUCAUUGAGGAAGUACUUUUGACACACUUGCUCCAUUGUGUGCUUGCUGGUACAAUAGUGUACUUUAACCUUCUCAAGCGCGCCGUCGUCGUUCAGCCUCUCAUACAUUGUAUGAGACCAGAAAGAUGCCGGUGAUCCUGGCUCACAUACACUUGCAAGAUGAAAUAGUCGAUCCGACAUAUGAAAUUGCAAAUCGUGAGCUUUCUCAGCUGCGUUGUUCUCCUCUUUAUCAACAGAACUCGUAUUUUGGUCAACAUUGGAGCUCGACACGGAGUCAUUUAGAAGCUGUUGCUCAGAGAAUGCUGCAGUUCUUUUCUGCUCUGGUAGGUUUCCACCUGCCUUGCUCAAGUCGUUGGCAUACUUUGUUUCAGUGGAUUGAUGAAAAUAACGAGACAUGUCCAGAGUCGGGUAGAGCGUCGGUUCCUUUGGUUUGGGAGAGAAUCUUAUGCCAUUUUGCGGGCUCCAUAGUUGAUUUGUAGGACUUUUGUUCAUACUGCCACACGAAGUCAAAGGCCGCGAUAAUAUCGAGAACGGAGCUCUAGGUCGUGAGUCUAGAUGAUUUACAGCAAACGUCCUGGUGCACGCAGCUUGACGAUGCCGGAGCUUGGUCAUGAAUCUCAGGUCGUUUGUUGACACUGCAAGAACAUACCCAUGGCUGAGGCGACGUGCCAGCCAAUGGAUAUACCCUUGAAUCACGGUGUCUUGCUUUUAGGCAUCAACCAAGCUAAAAGGCAGGCCGCAAUAAUUGGC